GUGCCACUUUCAGGUCUCCUCACACUGCUGGUGUGUUCCAUUUUUUGUCAUAGGGUGCUGGCAGAUUACGGGCCUCCUAUAGCUGCUGCCAGGCCCCUAAUCUGCCAUGGGCCCCUGUACCGCCUCCUCAUGCUGCUGCCAGGUCCACAGUGUCUCAUGGGUCCCUGUACGGCCUCCCAUUGCUGCUGUCUCCAUCGCCACACUCUGCCAUGUGCCACUUUCAGGUCUCCUCACACUGCUGGUGGUUUCCAUUUUUGUCAUAGGGUGCUGUAUGGCCUCCCAUUGCUGCUGCCUCCACCGCCACACUGUGGCUCCACACUCUGGUUUUGGCCCCGUGACUGCCCAAAUGAGUGAAGUGUGCGGUGAUUCUAAGAUCGACGGCACUCAUCUGCAUGUCAUACUG